UCUGCAGUCGGGCCGGCCUUUGGGACGGGCGACUUCACCACUUUAUCAGUGUCUCAGCGGUCGUGGCUGUCCGCUGUCCGACUUCGCUUCCGGCUGCGGUCCCUCGUGUCUCCCUGUGCCUCGGUCUCCCGCCAUGGAGUCUUCCUCCUCCCUCGCCGCUGUCUUCUUUUGGGUGGGCGUGAUCACCGUGGCCUAUCUGGCCCUGCGGCUCUUGUACAACCUCUUGUCGGCCUUCUGGGUCUGGGGCAUGGCCCACUCGGAGGUCGGUCCGUCGCUGGGCGAGUGGGCAGUUGUCACGGGGGCUACCGAUGGAAUUGGAAAAGCAUAUGCAGAAGAGUUAGCAAAGCGUGGGAUGAAGAUUGUUCUCAUCAGCAGAUCCCAGGAAAAACUGAAGGACACAGCUAAUGAAAUAAAAGAAAAAUUCAAAGUGGAAACCAAGACGAUUGCUGUUGACUUUGCAUCAGCUGAUAUCUAUAACAAGAUCCAGAUAGGCCUGGCAGGCCUCCAGAUUGGUGUUCUAGUGAACAAUGUGGGUGUGUCAUAUGAGUAUCCCGAAUACUUUUUGGAUGUUCCAGACCUCGAUAAUUUUAUCAAUAAAUCGAUAAAUAUUAACAUCCUCUCUGUUUGCAAGAUGACACAAUUGGUGCUGCCCGGCAUGCUGGCAAGAUCUAAAGGUGCAAUUCUGAACAUUUCAUCUGCCAGUGGGAUGUUCCCGGUUCCACUGCUGGCUAUUUACUCAUCGACCAAGGCUUUUGUGGAUUUCUUCUCCCAGUGCCUCCAUGCGGAGUACAGGAGCAAGGGCAUCUUUGUGCAGAGUGUCCUACCAUUCUUUGUGGCCACGAAACUGGCAAAAAUCAGAAGGCCCACCUUGGAUAAGCCAUCAUCCAAGACAUUUGUGAAGUCUGCAAUUAAGACAGUCGGUGUGUGGUCCCGCACCUACGGCUACCCCAUCCACGCCAUUAUGGGCUGGUUCAUCUUACUGUUGCCUUCAUGGCUUUCCUUGAAAGUAGCAAAGUCUUCAAACCAGAGUACGCGCGCUCGCUACCUAAAGAAGGCCCACAAAACCUAAGCUGGGCUGAGCCCAUCAAGGAUUUCCAGCAGAUGGUCCGACGCAUCCACAUUCUCUGCGGAAACCAACCUUUCAAAUCUCCAGUUAUCACUUUUUAAUUUAGUAAUCGGACUAAAUGCUUUGGGGUUUGGGGAGAAGGCAUAAAUUAUUUCCAAGGCCUUCUGCCUUAGACUGCUCACUGGAAGACUAAGUCAGAAACUUCAAAUAAGAGAUUACUCAGUUAGUGAGGAAUCCUUGCUUUAAAAACAAAGCAGAAUCAGAUUAAGGCGGGGUGGGGGUGGGGGGCAGGGCAGAUUGCAAGAGAGCUGCUUACUAACUCACAGAAUUGAAUGACUGCCAAGGGACCUCAGAAGCUUCAUCAGGACCAAAAAACCUGAACCUCACCUGGUUUUGUCAUCCUCAAGGCAUUAUUUGUAUAAUCUGAGUUGUACUUGCUAAGCAAUGGCUUGGCUGCUAUUAACCGUUCUAAGGGAUGAGAGGAGCUUGAUUCAUUGUAUGGGGGUGGGGGGUGGGGGGCGCGGGAUUCAUGCAGUUUGUGUAGACAUUUGGAAGGUCUUUUUAGACCUAUGUAAAGUCUGCAUAUGUGUAAGCUCCUCAAAAGCAGGGACUUGCCUGGUUUUUGCCUUGUAUCCCAGGCACCCAGUGCUUCACCUGCCUAACCAGGAGCAGACGCUGAAUAAAAUUCUGCUUGUGUUUGACCCAA